UAUUAAUAAAUAAUUAUAAUAUCUCUAUGUAAAAAUAAAAUACUAUAUAUAUAUAUAUAUAUAUAUGUAAAGAGGGUGGUCCACCAUGGACCUCCCUUUUAUGCGGUCCACGAAGCCACUUAUAUAUAUAUAAAGAGGGUGGUCCACUGUGGACCUCCCUCUCAUGCAGUCCACGAGACCGAAGUGGCCUCGUGGACCCCGUGAAAAAGCCCCGCCCCAUGGGCCGCGAUUUUGGCUCCUUGCUCGGCGUUUUCGUUUUUCGCCGUUCACACGCGGAAAACGAAAAUAAAAAUUUUUCCUCAAAUACGUAAGACUAUUUUUCCCGAAACAUUUUUUUACGGCGAAAUAAACAAGUUGCAAAUCAUUUCUCCACCGAAAAUUUCUUUUCCAUCCAUUUUUACAUCAAACCAAACACCCCCUUAAGGUUUUAUAUACGAUUUGCACUUUGCUAAAUCGGAUUGAUGAAAAAUGAUACAAUUUUCGAACUUGCGUAUCGGCUUCUUAUCCAAAAAGCCCCCACAAUAGAUGUUACUUUUAUAAUUUAAAAAGUUUCAGCACGAAUUUUUUUGUUUUUUUAUAAUUUAAAAAGCCUAAAGCUCUCCAGGUUAACAACCAACUGUAUUAGAUAAUACUUGUUAUUGUAAAACUUAGGAUUGGACUCAUGGGUAACACAUUUAUAUAGUUGUGUAGUUAAUGCAAUUUAAAUUUACUAAAAUUAUUUAAUUUCAAAAAGAAUAAAAGCUAAAGAAGUUAUUUUGGAAUGACUUAGGCUUAGUUUGGUAUUGAGAUCUAUCUAACGCUAUUAGAUAAAAUUGAGUUGAGGAAAAAGUAUAUAGGGAGAUGCUUCUGUGUUCUCCGGUGGGACUGUAAAAUAUAUAUCGUAACUGACUCAUCGCGAUAUGCGAAAUGCAAUAUUACGUACUAUUUUUCCAUCGUCGUUUCUCACCGCACGUAACGCAAUCUCCUCGCAAUCCCAAGCGAAGCCUUAUAGUUGAGAGGUCUCCUUAUGAUUUGGUUGUGAAAUUACGAAAUUAUAAACUAUAUAGCGGUAAAAAAUUAUGUUGUUUAUUUUGAGGUCAAAAAUUUGAAACCUAUAUAUAUCUGAAUAAGAACUUAGUCCUGAACUUUAGGUUUAAUCUAUAGAUUAUAAUGAUUUUUUUUUUUUUUUUUUUUUUGUAACCGUUAUACUAUAUAGGGUGCACUUUGUAAAAUUUAUAAAAAUUAUAUAUACAAAUUUAUCCUAAAAAGAAAUUUGAAUUUAUGAAAAAGAGUGAAACUUUUUUUAAUGAGUUGUGUUGAUUUCGCGAAUUAAUGGUAUCGAGCCACGUAAGAGAAUAUGAUUGGUCGGUCCAUGGCCGACGUGGUGAACCGGGUUCAGGGAAAAAGCAUACUCGAUUGCCGCGAAAAGACUCUUUUCCCGCUCCAUAUCUUUCCCGCCAAAACCAUUCCCCUUGUCCUUCUUCCUCGUCCUCUCCUUCGCCUCCCCGAAACCCUAAACCCUAGCGCUCGAUCCCAAUCCAUGCCGAAGAGGAGGACGGAACCCUCGCCAUCGCCAUCGCCCUCCCAUGGCGGCGCCUUCACCCGGAGCAGAUCCGAGAUCUUCCUCCACCGCACUCGAUCCGGCCUCGCCCGCCCCGACCCCGCCCCACUUCGCCAUCACCUCCUCCUCCGCCGCCUCUCCACCACCUCUCCACCACCCAUCCAUGGAGGAAACCUCGUCAAGGAUCUGCGACUGAGGCGCGUCUUCUCCCCAGCCUCUGUCUCCGUCGAGGAGGAGGCUUCCCCGGAUCGAACGGGUAAGAUCGGAUCAGGGGACGAUUCGGUGGGUGAAGAGAGGGGACAGGGUGGGGUUGAUGAGAUCUCGAAGAGUUUUCAUGGAUCUAAUGGAUUUGAUAAUAGUUCAAAUGAGAGCUCUGCGCCUGAGAGCGUAGUCGCUGUGGAUUUUGGGAUUAAGAGAGGGGAUCUAAAGGAUGGCGACAAGUUGGAUUCAAUUGAUCCUCCGAAGAGUGGAUCGCGCGCUCCGCCGGAGUGUGUAAUCGCUGUGGAUUGUAGCAUGAAGAGCAUGGAUUCAAAAGAUGAUGCGAAGUUGAAUGUGAUUGAUUCUCCAAAGAACACGGAGAGCACUCCACCGCAGUGUGUAGUCGCUGUGGAUUUAGGAACGGCGAACAUGGAUCGAUUGAUGAAGGAUUCUCAGAAUGAUAUUAACGGCGGUGUAAAGUUGGAUCCUUUUAGUCCUUCUAAGAAAAACCUUGGGCUUGCUCCAUGCUCUAGAUCGAAGCUGGUUCGGAAUCCGAGCCUGUUUAGCUACCGGAGAAUGCUUCCUUUUCUCACGGAUCUCGAUAAAGAGGAGAACCCUCCACGCGAAAAUAAAAAUCCUGCUGAAGUUGAAAGAAUUGUACAGGAAAAACAGUUAUCACCACCCGGAAAUCUUCUAUCUGAUCAACCGCCUCAACGUAGCAGCUUAGGCGGAGUAUCCUUAAAUGAAGAAUUGUGCACAAGCUCAGAUUUUGUUGACAACCCAUCAAUGAAUUCAUGCAACGGACGAUGUUUGGAAGUUUCUAAAAUCGAAUCUGAGGCCUCUCUUGUAGACCCCAUUAUCGAACUGACGAGGCAUUCUUAUCCAAAGAUAGUAGAAGUCCCUUUCCAGAAGAACGCUCUUCUCAGGCCCUCGAUCCUGUGUAGUACCCAGUAUGGUGCUUUGAAAGUAGAUAAGUGA